UGCAUAUUUUUAACUUUAGGGUAAAAGAAUGUGCAUGCCAUGUAUAAUAUAUAUGUAUAAAUAAAUAGGGUAGGCUUAGUUCUUACGUUUCAACUAUUUAUUGAUUGUGAGAGAGAUUGGUAUAGCUAAGGAGAGAAACAAGGAAAAUGAAUUAAGGUCUUGCAAUUCUCAUGAACUGUGGAGUCGUGUUGGGCUUCUAUUGUUGGGGUUGGGAGUUCUUAACUGCCCUUCUUCUCUUCUCCUCUUAUUCAUCCUUUCUUUCUUUUUACAAACACCAAAAUGAAAAUAACAAAUAAUAAUAAAGGCUUCUUCUUCGAAGGAGGAAGAAAGUCUACUCCACCGCCGUUUUUGCUCAAGACCUACAUGCUUGUCGAGGAUCCGGCUACCGAUAACGUCGUCUCGUGGAACGUUGACGGGACGGCGUUCGUGGUGUGGCAGCCGGCCGAGUUUGCUCGUGAUCUCCUCCCAACGUUCUUCAAGCACAGCAACUUCUCCAGCUUUGUACGCCAACUAAAUACUUAUGGUUUUCGUAAAGUUGCAACAAGUAGAUGGGAGUUUUUGAAUGAGAGGUUCAAGAAAGGUGAAAGAGAAAAGCUAAAUGAGAUUCAGAGAAGAAAAGCUUGGAGUAACAAGCAACCAACAGGUCAUCAAGAUUGUGAUGAAGAUGAAAGGUCAUCAUCAACUUCAUCAUCUUCUGGGUACAGUACUCUGGUGGAUGAAAACAAGAGGCUUAAGAAAGAGAAUGGAGUCUUGAACUCUGAGCUAAGGAGCAUGAAAAGAAAGUGCAAGGAGCUUGUUGAUUUGGUGGCCAAAUAUUCAUCACAUGCACAAGACAAGGAAGAAGAUGAAAGGCCAAUGCUGUUUGGUGUGAGGUUAGAUGUUGAAGGAGGGAGGGAGAUUAAGAGGAAUAGAGCUGAGAUCAGUGAAAGCGCAAGCAUCAUGCUUUCUCAGUCAUGCAAAUAGAAAACUGUUUGAGAAUAGAUUGUAUACUGAAAAAAUAAUCAUAAAUUUGAUUAGUUAGCUAGGAUUCUUGAAAAGACACCCUCAAGCAUAUGCUGUAAUUAUGUGAUGUAAUUUAGGUGAAAAAUAAUUAAAAAAAAGACUAUAUGGAGACAA